CCGCACAUCUUCAAAAAUCGCAAGGUCAUAAUCACUGCUGAUUCGUACACUCUAUCCUCUUACUUCAUUAUCUCCUAACAGCUCGAAAUCACCGACAAUGUUGAUCAACCAAGACAGCAGGCUCUUGGGAUCUUAUUUCGGGGAAGUUUUUUCUGGGCUAUGGUCUGAUCCGCAAGACCAUGAGUUUGACAUUAACGAGGAAAGAGCGGGGAGAGCACCGGAUCUUGAGUUUUGGAAAGAGAUAGAUAAAGGGUGGUGGUCUGAUGGCGAAUUUGUGGUUACAACAGCACACCAGCAGCAGCACAAGCUCUCGGCCCACAACAGAUCCGCGCGACACAUCAAGGAGGGGCGAGAUGAGACUAGUAGUGCUGUGAUGUACCGGUAUAAAGAGUAUCGGUCGGCAUGGGCAGCUGCGUCAAUCAAACAAUUCGCGCCAGAGGGCAGAAUACGAUCUUUAUGGUUUGAAGAGUUCAUUGAUGAGCAAGAAAGUUCCAUCGCCCGCACUGAUUUAGUCAAAGCAUUCCUGUGCGCCACGCAAAUGUCACAUUUCCUCACUGGCCUCGUCAUGACGCUUCAUGAACGACGAAGCUGGGGGACGCUUCCGCUGGAGAUGGAGCGAGAGCUGAUCCUUCGAUACUAUGAAAUGCUGUAUGCUAUACGGGAAUUAGGCCCAAUGCUGCGCACCAUCUCUCACUGGGAGAGGGACCAUCACAAACCCCGCCGAUGGGUACCUGAUGCUACAUUUGCUUGGGCUAAGCCCCUCGAUCCCAGCACCGUCUUUUACCAGGAGUGCGAGCACAAAUGGCCGAUGGCAAUUCCUUCAACCUUUAUCAGUGUGGCCAAGCUAGUGUUGAAACGUCACGAGGAAGGUAUAGAUAAGCUCUGGUGGGAUGCUUGGUGGAUAGUGAGACCAGAUAUGAGAAGGUAUUUCCGAAUCAAUUUUGGAGUAAGGUACAAAUACCUUCCAGUCCAAGAAGAGGACAUCUAUUUGAGGAUGAAUUAUCCCGAUGGACGACAAGUGGUGGAAUCUGACACGGUGUAUCGUAAUUUUCCCCAUCUCGAUCCUUUACAUUCCUGGUUAUGUCAGGAGCUUGCCAGAAACUUCUAUGCCCAAGCAUAUGGCAGACAACCUGACUCCGUAAGAGCUGCAUCAUCUUCAUCAUCUUCAUUGUCGUCGGUCUCAAGUCUGAGAACUGUUAUCGGUGAUAGUUCCAGCGCGUUCACAAAAACCCUCGAUUACCACAAGGCAACGGAUGAGGGGGCGAGUGCCUCAACAACAGCCUUUGUCCCACGCAUAAUCUCCGUGCACGGCUGGAGUCUCCUUCACGCUAAUCCGGUCGAGGCCGAUCGUCAAUGGGCUGUUAUCACUCAUUUGCGGAAUCAUAUUCGUCCUUAUAUACCAGAAACUCACUGGGUGUGGCUCGAUUAUCCACGAACAGAGUCAGUAGGGUAGGCAAGAGCAACCAGAUAACUCUUCACAAAGUGUUCUUCUCUUUGUCAAUUUCUUUCGCCAUUUCAUGUUGCAUGUAUGUCUUGAGGGUGGCCCACA